AUGCAAGCAUGUAAUCAGUCGCUUUCAGUAAUUAUCGGAAGUAUGUCUUACAGUAGUCUGUUUGUAGUGGUUUGUCUCAAAAGCCCUCGGAUCGGCGCCGUCGAAUUUAAAAGUGCGUAAACGAAGUGCUGCUAUGUGGUUUUUCAUUUAACGAUCCCAAUACAAAUGAAUUACAGGAGGUUCGGAAUAACAGGUAUGGGGGUGCCAUGGCUAGCCCAGGUGCGUUGCUUGCACUUGGCCAUAUUCGGCUUAGCUCUUCUACCUCUGUUCCUGUGCAUCUCAUACCUCAACUCCAAUCAGCUCGACACGACGGCAUCUCCAAUUAAAAAAUAUGAAUUAAGACUGAUUCCAAGUAAUGUCAGUCAAUCCGAGAAGCAAUCUCCAGCCGCUCGACAUGUUAGCGAAACGUCGGAGGUGUCUGCACCUCCCGCCCCUCCACACAUCGUGAACGGUACCUCCAGUAGUGGCAAUAGCCAGGGACCAGACCUGACCAAGGGAAUAGCUGCUGAAAUAAUCUACGAAUCUGGACACGUAGACCUGAAUUCUCAAAUAUGUCCCAAUCUAGGCAAAAACCUGAAGCUUCUGAUUGCCGUGACCUCAGCCCCCAGUCACGACACCGCCCGAUUAGCAGUGAGAGAAACGUGGGGCCACUUCGCCAUAAGAAAAGACAUAGCCAUAGCUUUCAUGUUAGGAGCCACAUCGAAUCAAACGCUUAAUGACAAAAUAGAACAAGAACAAGAAAUUUACGGUGAUAUUAUAAGAGGAAAGUUCGUUGAUACAUACGACAAUCUCACACUGAAAACCAUAUCAAUGUUGGAAUGGGUGGAUAAUUUCUGUUCGAAAGCUCAAUUCGUACUUAAAACGGAUGACGACAUGUUCAUUAACGUGUCCCGUCUUCUUGCCUUCAUCGCAAAACAUAAGCCUGAACAAAGAGCAAUAUACGGCCGGUUAGCCAGCAAAUGGAAGCCUGUUAGGAACAAAAAGUCGAAGUAUUAUAUAUCUCUGCAGCAAUAUAAGCCGCCAGUAUUUCCUGACUUUACUACUGGCCCUGCCUAUUUAUUCCCAGCUCAAAUAUCCAAAGAACUCUAUGUAGCAUCUUUAAAUUAUACCUAUUUCAAAUUGGAGGAUGUGUUUGUGACAGGAAUUGUCGCAAAUGGAUUGAAAAUAAAACGAGUACAUGCUCCAGAAUUUUUGAACAAACGGAUUUCAUUCACACCUUGUAACAUCCAGAAGGAAAUCAGUAUACAUAUGGUCAAAAGUGCCGAACAGUACGACUUAUGGAAAAAACUACAUGAUGUAGCCAAGUGUAAAAAAUAAAUGUGAUGGUUUUCAUAUUCAAAACCAGUAUGAACUUGUGA